UACAAAACCAUUUCCCUCACCUUGCUCGUUUUUAAAUGCUAUCCACAAAUAUACACAAACAUAUAUUUUCCACUAUAUAAUGUUCUCCUCCUCCUAAGGUAUUUCCCAUUCCUCACUACACAAAUCACAGUAGCACCACCACUGCCACCAUGCUCCUAAGAACAUCUUUUCCAUUUACGGCGUUUUCUCUAUCAACAGCAACUGUUGAUAAUGCGAACAAAUUUCCUUUUUCCUCAUCUUCUGUGAGUUUUUUAUCACAGAAAAGAAUUACCGAUAGAUUUGUGAUGAGUGUAUCGGAAAGUGAAUUGAGUAAUAAUCCUAUUAGUCCAGUAACUGAUAUUGUUUUCGAACCAUUUAAAGAAGUUAAGGAAGAACUUCAAUUACUAUCAGAUCUUCCUCAACAUUCUCUUGCUCGUCAAAUGUUUUCAGAUAUUUGUGAAGCUGCCCUUAAUGAACAGAUUAAUGUGGAAUACAACUUAUCGUAUGUGUAUCAUGCACUGUACGCAUACUUCGACAGGGAUUAUGUUGCUCUCAAAGGAUUUGCGAAGUUCUUUAAGGAAGCUAGUGCACAAAAAAGGGAAAAUGCUGAGCUACUUAUGGAAUAUCAGAAUAAAAGAGGGGGUAGAGUCAUGCUAUAUAGUAUGACGAUUCCCAGGUCUGAAUUCGAUCACCAUGAUAAAGGAGAAGCGUUGAAUGGUAUGGAGCUGGCACUGUCUCUAGAGAAGUUAUCAAACGAGAAGCUUCUCAACUUACACAGUGUAGCAGACAGAAACAAUGAUGUGCAAUUUGCGGAAUUUGUUGAAAGCACCUUCAUAACUGAUCAGGUGGAAACCAUUAAGAAGAUCUCUGAAAUUGUUGCCCAGUUGAGGAGGACCGGCAAGGGACAUGGGGUAUGGCAUUUUAACCAGAUGCUCUUGAAUGCGUGAUGCAGUCUUCAUCAAACAUAUCAAAGAUUUCAAUUUUAGUUCGCUGUAUGCAUGUGCGUGUAUGUUUGCUUGCGUGAGUAUAUCGUAAAAGAGUUAUUAAAAUAUAGUGCAUUAGUAGCUCAUGGGGUCUAAGAUGUCUUGCGACUUUUCAUUAUUAUAAAGUAUGGGUAUUAUCAUCGUGGGGGGAGAUAUAUACAAAAUCCCUUAUGUGUUAUAGGUGCUAAUAUUUGAAUAUGGAGGAUCUAUCUUAGUGUAUCUUUGCACUUUGCAAUUAUAAUGAAACCCUUCAUCAAUAAAAAUAUAAUAAAUUUAUAUGCUUGCAAUUAA